GCAGUGCUAGAUGCUCCUAAAAGCCUUACUUAUCAGUAAGCAUAGGUUUGGGGAGGAAGUUUUAUUUGCUCUCCUAGAUGCUCUUGAAAGCCAAUGUCUAAGGGUGAGGCCACGUGGUGUAUUGCCCUCUGAAUUAAAGGCACACUACACCUAAAACAACACUACACCUAAAACAACUUUUGUAAAAAAAAUAUCACAUUCGGUUGUGUUUAAAUUACAGUCUGCCUUUGGGUUCAUCCAUGUUUUUUACCAUUAUUAGGCACUGGUUUAAAAGUUUCACUGAAUAUACGCUCCUCUUCAUUUAUAUAAAUAAAAAAAAGAGCAACUAGCCGUUUAAAAAAAUGAUUUCCUUUCAGGAGAAUUUGGGAGAAGAGUCUGUGAGGGUAGUAGGUAUUCAUUUCCUGUCACAACUCUGAGCAGAGACAACUAAAUUGUACUUUAGGGUAACUCUGCUGGUAACGAUAGCAGGAACAUUUUGCUUCCCCCCCUGCCACAAAAAAAUCCCUGCGGGCAGAAAAUGAGUAAUUAGGGUAUUAGCGUGUCCCAGUGAGAAGACACUACCUCACAACAAGAAAAUGAGACGCCGCAUCGCAGUGUUUCUAUAAGCGUGCUGUGGCGGCUCACUCUCGCGAUAUGAGACCUGUGACGCUACUGCGGGACUUUUAGACUGCGGUGUGGUUACUGUACCAGAAGAAAUAGCGGCGCUGUAAACUCAUGGCCGACUUGUAUCUAUACGAGUCUGUUCACUAUCGGCAUCAUCCUCGCUGGCUGCUUUCUGGCUGUGAGGAACGUGGGGAUGGUGUUACCUGCCUUGCGUGUGUUAUAGAGAUGAUGUCUGACGGGGCAGUUUCGAUUAUUCGUAAGAAGCAUGUGCUGUCCAGUUUUCAGAGUAUUCUGCGCAAUUAUGCAUCUUGCGUCACAGAGCUACUGACCAGCCAUGAAAGAGUUUGUACUCAGUUUAUAGGAACAUUUCUAGGUAUGCUACAGAAUGUUGAAGAUGCAGCUGUUUUAGACCUAGUUACUAAAAGUUUGGUACAGCUAAUAACUGAACUUCACCUAGAGCAGGUUUUACACCGUGUGCUGGAUGAGUGUGAGAAACGGUUAUGUGAAGUUACCAACUUGACCUUGAGCUUGUCACUAUUGUGCUUCAUGGGAAAGUUGCUAGAUGCCAUUCCAGAUCUUGCUGACUUAUUUGCAGCUACUCAUUAUGAACUUGUGGAAUACUUGACACAGGGAAUGAUAUAUCCUAAUGAAGUUGUGAAGGCUGCCAUCUGCUACCUGUAUGGGAAACUUUAUUCCGUACCUAGUGCUGCAGAAAAACUUUCUACUCAUUUCAGCGACAAACUCUGUGGCCUUUUUCUGGCCACUUUAGAAAAUGCACAGACAAAGGAGCUGCAAAUAAACUGUAUGGGGUUACUUAAGCAGUUGUUAAAAUAUGACCAUUUUGUUUCAAUGAUCAUGAAUGAAUCAGACAGUCCUGGUGAUUCAGAAAGCACACCAACGCUGGAAGCUCAAAACCCACUUCCUGUAGUUCUGAAAAAAGUUCUGUUGUCUAGAGAAGAAUUAUUACAGAUAGCUAGUGCACAAUGUAUUGCUGCUAUCCUUGUGCACUCACCAGCAAAAUAUGCACCAGCAUUUAUUUAUGCUGAUAUCCCAGAAUUUUUGUUUGAGAAUCUUUUAAGCACAAAUGAGGUCCUGAUCUGGUCACUCUAUAGCUGCCUCAUGUUAAUGACAGAGGAAAGGAUUUUCUUCUCCAAAUGUUAUUCAGUAUAUGGAAUUGAAUCUGUAGUGAGAAGUUUAAAAAACAUUCUUCCGAAGAACAAUAUUGAACUACAGAAGCAGGGAUUGUUAUUGCUUACAGAAAUACUUUCUAGGCAGCCAGUACAAAUCAAACUGUUUACUAAUCCAGGGAUUUUCAGAUUAACAUGUGAUGUGCUUCAGGAGGCAGUGAAUUGUCCUGUUCUUGAGGUUGUAAUAGAAGCCAACAGAUCAGCAUCUGCAUUUCUCAGGAAGGAUCACUUAAGCAUCCCAGUGCAGUACAUGGAAAUGCAGAACUUGCUCAGUAACAUUCUUCACCGUUGUGCUGAUGUGCCUCUUCCAGUGAUUAAGAAAAAAUUAGGCCAUUCAAUUAAUAGGGAUCAAACUAGAAUCAAUACACAACAAGGGCGUCUUCUGACUACUGCUUUGCAGAGUUUUCACAAUGCUUGUAGAUUGGCUUUUGAGUGUCAAAGUGACCCAUUAGCUCAGGAGAAUGCAUUCACAGCACCGACUUCUCAAAGUGAAGAGACUUUAGAGAAUUUUUCCUGCUUUCUUUUAAAGAUUUGUGAUCAACUGUGCAUCCCCACUGUCUUGAAGUAUUAUGAAAGAACUUUUAUUUCUGCAUCUAUGGAGACAUUUUUCCUUAUCCUUUGUGAUUUGUUUAUAAUUGCACCAUCCAUGAAGGAAGCAUUUUCUGUAAAACUGGCUUCUGUUUCGUUUAUUAGACUAGCUCUUAAAAUGAAGGCAUCUUAUCAUUUUGAGCAGAGGUAUCCUAAUUUGAACCAAGCUUGUUCAGACUUCCUGUGUAAUUUGUGCUGCACAUUGUGGAAGCUGAAAGUUGAGAGUGCUAAUUCUCUAAAUGAGGUAGCAGACCUAUUGCAAAGGCAUGUGAUCCACAUAAAUGGCACUAUAUCUGAAAAUAUUUGUGUUCUGCUGGAGUCACCAAAUUGCUGUACUACAAACAGAUCAUUAAGGAGUCACCAGUAUACACUGAUCAUUAUUUUUUUCAUUGCAUAUGUGUGGGAGGACAGGCUGGUACCAGAAACUGAUUUAUUCUUGGCAGUUUUAGGAUUUCUGAAUUCCACGCAGAGCAUAGGGGACAUACUUUCUCCAUGUGUUAUAAAAGCUGCCAUUUACCUUCUGGCAGUUUGUCAAGAUAAGAACCAAGCUAUGAGUGAGUCAGCAGCAAUUGGCAUCUGUAGAAUGCUUGAGAGCAUUGGUAACCUUCAACUCAUCUACUUUCAACAUCCUCUGUUUUUCAAGUUUUUCUUCUGCUAUCCUCAAUUAAUGGAAAUGUUUGGCCAAAGAAUAGCAGAGCUCUAUAUUUCUAUGCUAGACUGCAGUCAGAUCAGCGAGCUGGACAAAUACCAUCAAGUUUGCAAUCACACAAGUACCAAGGCCUGUAAUGUAUGUAAUUUGUCACCACUGAUGAAUAUUCUUGAAAGCAAUCCGAAAGCACUGCUCAUAUUACUGGUAUGUAUUACUUACAAGCUGUAGUAGAUCUGAUUUUCUCAUUGUGUGUCUUUAAUGCAUGCUAAU